AACAACCAAAGGCAGUUAAGACGCAUUCAGAGAAUUAACCUAUCUACUCGCUUGAAAAUUUUACAAAUUAGUGAGUGAAAAUUUAUGCGUUCAAAAUGGAAGAAGACAACACGUUUGUAAUUGACGGACCUGAAUCAGACGUUCCAUUGCCCAGUACAACGUUAGGAUUGGAAAUCUAUAUCUCGUUGUGCAAGGUUCCCAGGAGAACCUUAGCAAUGGUGGACGCCCUAACAGGGAAAUCAAUAACGUAUGGGGAACUCCUGGACCAAAGCUGCAAUCUUGCCCAAGCCCUUCGGCUGGCAGGAUACAUGGGUCAAAAUGUCACCUGUGGGAUCAGUAGCGAAAACAGUUUACAAUUUUUCGUUGCUGUAUUUGCAUCGCUAUUUAACGGAUGCAUAGUCGCCCCAGUAAACCAUAGUUACACGAAGUUGGAACUCGAUCAUAUGCUUAGAAUCAGCCAACCGAGAAUAGUAUUUUGCUCCCAGUCCGUCGCUCAUAAAUUUGUCGACAUGAAAAAAAAACUGAACUUUAUAGAAAGAAUUAUCCUCAUUGGAGCUGAAAUGAGUUUAGAAGGUACCGAAUCCUCGGAAAAUUUUGUGGAAACUCUGCUCGGAGGGAGAUCGGUCGAGAUACACCUCUUUUGUCCGUUUGGUGGAGAUUCGAGAAAAAUGAUUAGUGUAGUGUUGUCUUCAUCUGGCACUACAGGAUUGCCUAAGGGAGUCAUGUUAUCCCACUUGAAUUGCAUGGUCUUACUAACAUUGGCGAGGUCUCCACAGUAUUUUAACAUGGAAGCGGAGUCAAUUUUGGGACUCAUGCCAUUUUUUCACGGCUACGGCUUUUUCCUUGCCAUGGCAUCAUUUUCGAAACAUAAGAAAAUUAUAGUAUUCAAACAUUUCGACGAGGACGUGUUUCUCAAGUCUAUUCAGGACUAUAAAAUAGCCACUUUACAUUUGGCGCCGCCCCUGAUGAUCUUUUUAGCAAAAACCUCAAAAUUGAAUCGGUACGAUUUAUCAAGCGUGAACGAACUGAUAUCUGGUGCCGCCCCUUUAAGCAAAACUAUUCAGGACGAAGUAAAGCGAAGACUUAACUGCAAAUCUGCAAAUCAAUCCUACGGCUUAACUGAAUCUACAAUUAUUGCUUUGGGCAAUACUGCCACCGAAAAUAAAAUUGGCUCCUGCGGGAAAGUGAUGCCGUUUGUUUCGUGUAAAGUCAGGGAUUCGGAUACAGGAAAGUCAUUAGGACCUAACCAACCCGGAGAAAUUUGUUUGAAGGGCCCAACGAUAAUGAUGGGGUAUCACAAAAACGAAAACGCCACCAAAGAAGCUUUCACUAGCGAUGGUUGGUUACGAACCGGUGAUAUCGGAUACUAUGAUAAUGAUGGCUUCUUUUUUGUGAUAGACAGAAUUAAAGAGCUAAUCAAAUACCAAGGUUAUCAGGUUGCCCCGGCCGAAAUAGAAGCUCUACUAGUCAACCAUGAAAAAGUACAAGAUGUUGCCGUUGUUGGCUUGCCGGACGAAUCGGUAGGAGAGAAACCGUUAGCAUUCAUUGUCAAAAAAGGUUUUAAUCUGAAUGAAGAAGAAAUUAAGUCAUACGUCGCCGAUAAGUUAUCCCCCCAAAAACGGCUACGCGGAGGUGUAAUUUUCGUAUCAUCAAUUCCUAAAAAUCCGAGCGGGAAAAUCCUCAGAAGAGAACUUAGAAAUUUGUUGAGAAAUUAUAAGAUUCCAAUCCAGUCCAUUCAAUCGAAACUUUAA